AUGGACUCGCCCAUCCGCCGCGAACCCGAGCCAGACUUUGCUCUCGCCGCCGCCGCCGCCGCCGCCGCCGCGGCUGAAGCAGACGACCACGGAAUGCCGGUCGAUCUGGGCGUCGCCGCCGGAGACAAUGAAAGCCAGCGGGAGGCGGCAGAGGCGGCAGAGGAAGACGUAAUCGAGAUGGGAGACGCGCCCGGCCAGGACGACGUCGGGCAAGGCAUGGCACUGGUGGAGAACGAAAACGAAGAAGACAAAGACGAAAACGAAGAGGAGGGCUACAGCGACGGCAUCGAGGAGUUGGACUUCCCGCCCAGGCGCUCGCCCGCGAAGAAGAAGAAGAAGAAAGCGAAGAGCCCAGGCAACGAGGAGGAGGAGGAAGAAGAAGGCGAAGGGGAGGAUGUAAGCAGCGCUGAGAGGGAGAGGAGGAAGGAGAGGGAGAAGCGGCAGGCGGAGCGGCUGCACGCGUGGGUGGAGCGCCAGCGUGAACUGAACCUGCAGAAGUACGGCCAGCGGACGCUCUCGCCCCGACUCGCCGGCCGGCGACGCACGAUCGCCGGCGAACAGCUGCGGCAGCAGUACCCGCCGCAACCCGCCGAAGCUUCGGACGGCAACCAUGGCAACAGCGACGGCAUCGACGAUGACGCGGGGCAACGGAAGCGACGGCGCACCACCAUCGCCGACGAACGAGAGGCGGCAGCGGCGGAGGAGGAAGAGGUCGACGACUUUCUGAUGGGGCAGAGGCCGACGACGGGCAAGCGACGGCGUCGCGCGUCUUCGCCUGGGCUCGACGCGGGGGAGCACAAGGGGCGAGAGAGCAAGCGAGCGCGCCGGGCCGAAGCAGCGGAGGCGGAAGCAGAGUGGACGAUAGUCGAUCUGGGCGUCGCCGCCGAAGAAGAUGAAAGCGGCCGCGAGGCGGAGGAGGAGGCGGAGGCAGAGGCGGAAAAGGAAGCGGCGGAGGCGGAAGUCAGCGUGGAGGAGGAGAUGGAGAGAAAGACGAUCGCCACGUUCGAGAGGAUAGCCCGCGAGAGGCGGGAGGCGCUCGAAGAGAGAAGAAGAGCGGCGGCCGACCAUGGUGACGCGCCGGGCGAGAAGGAGGAGACGGAGAUCAUCGCGCGGAUCGAGAGCGUGAUCGCCCGGCGCAAGAAGGCCGUGAGGGAGCGGGCCGAGCGCGACGUGGUCGGGGACAUCGAGCGCGCGGUGCGGCGGCAGCGGCGCAAGAGCGUCCAGGCCGAGCAGCUGCGCGAGCAGCGUGAGCGCGAGGCGGCGGCCGAGGCCGAGCGACAGCGCGAAGCCCAGGCCGAGGUGCGCGAGCAGGCCGUGAAGCUCGAGCGGCUGCUCACCAAGAAGCGGCGUCAGAGCAUGGUCGCCCUGCGCGACAAACAGAACCGAGCCGCCAUCGCAUCGGCGGUGCGGCGUCGACAUAUGAGUCUCGGCGGCGCCGGCUUCGGUGGAUCGACAGCCGAUGUAGACGAAGCGGAGGAGGAGGAAGAAGAGGAAGACUUGAAUCGUACGGUGGACGAGCUGAAGGACCUGGUGGAGCGGCAGAGGCGCGAGCUGGAGGCGAAGAAGCAAAAGCGAGCGGAGGAGGAGCGGCGGAGGGAGGAAGAGCGGCGGAUGCGCGAGGCGGAGGAGCGUCAACGGAUCGAACAGGUGCACCGCUACUGGCACGCCCUGCACCAACGCGGCUGA